GCUGAUCUAUGUACAGUGUACCCUGAUUCACCGCUAUUUAUCUGAAGCCAAAGUUCGACUCACAACUGUCGCAUCUUUAUCUGUCAACGUCUACUGUUCUUUAUGACAUGGCGACUGAUCAAACGAUUCUACUCCCUCAGACCAACACACGUGAUUGAUAGCCAGAUGUGUACCUUUAUAUAGAAUCUCUUACAUACGUUUGAUGAGUGUCAUGAUAGUGACUCAGGGGACCGUCCGCAUCUACAAUUAGGGAUCUCCAUACAGUUUCCGUCAUGAUUGAAAUCAACAACAUCACAGCUUACUUCACCCUCAAUAAUACCUAUAUCGCCGUGGGAUUGCUGACGUCAUGCAUGUCUCUCUGCGGCUGCGCAUUAAUUCUCGGGACAUAUUUAUGUUUUCAAAGUUUGCGUGCUACUGGUAGAAAGAUAGUGGUAUAUAUAACUAUCUGUAACAUUGGUGCUUGUGUGGGACACAUAAUAGGUGCUGCUACUAUCAUUGGUUACGACGAGAAAACAGCAUUUGUCUCAUUUACACCAUGUGCUGUGUCAAGUGCGUUCACCAUAUGUUUCCGCCUCGCAAGUUAUCUUUGGACAUGCGCAUUAGGCCUUUUUCUCUGCCUAAGCAUGUCAUGGAAACGUAUACAGUUUGGCAAAGCUAUGAUGGGACCAUUCCACCUGGUUUGUUGGAGUAUACCAAUUGGUAUAACCAUUGCGGUACUAGUAUCUGACGUAGUUGGGUUCGACUCUCAACCCCUGACCAAUCAAAACCGCCCUCCCUGGUGCUGGAUCGACCGACAGGCGCCGAAAUACGUCACGUGGGCAUUCAUAACGGGUCCAGGAUGGCAAAUGGGUGCCAUAGUAGUGUGUGCCUUCUGCUACACAGUUCUUCAGUGGCACUCUAUCGUAAAGAAGCCGCCACUUGCUGAAGAUGUGGGCGAGUCAACGGAGAACCUGUACAGCCUCCUCACGUCUGCCAACUCCCGUCUUCGUCAAGUCCUAAUCGUCUUCAUACUCCUCCAGGUGUGGGGCACGUGGAACUUCCUGGUGUCUCUACGUAGCCCUAGUCCUGUCUGGCUCGUCAUUCUUCAGGAGAUUGGAAAUCAUAGCCAAGGACUAGCCAAUGCAAUCAUCUUCUGUAUAUAUACUGACGCCACCAGGAAGAAAUUGGCGCCGAAAUUUCGGGCUUGUUGUUGCUGCUGCUGCAGACUUUGUCCCGUCACCUGCAAGAAGGGUGCUAUGAGAAUCCCUGUAGAGAUGGCAAACCUAGGUCCCCAGGGGCCAGAGGGGGAGGGGCUGAUGAAGAACGCAGCAGAUGACGAAAUAUGAUUAGUUUCAAUUAUUUGAAUAUCAAUUUAUUUUUAUCAUAUUUAUAUAAGUUGAAAAAGCGCAUUGGUGACAUUUCCUAGCUGUUCAGAAAACAUGAUUAAUAUGUGGUAAUAUCGUAAUGUUAAAUCUGUAUUUGUUUUUAUAAGCAAUGAAAUCCGUCUAAAUCUAAAAUAAAUUGCAACAUUUUCAUACCGAA